AGAAGCCGCAAAGCCGAAUGUCAAAGUCAAAAAAACUAAGCAAGUCAUCGGUGAUUUCUAGUUUUCUAGUUACAAAAGAUUUUAUUUCACGUGGUGUUUUAAAUCUGUAUUAUGUCUGUUAAUAAGGAAGAUACAUUGCGGCAGUUUUGUGAUGUAACUGGUGCUGACGACGCUCGAAGUAGAUUCUUUUUGGAAUCUUCCAAUUGGCAACUUGAGGUGGCACUGUCCAGUUUCUAUGAGCAUGGUGGGAAUGUAGAUGAGGCUCCCGCUAACCCUGCACCCACAGCUGCAAUACCAGUUAUGUCGGACAGUGAUAUGGAGUCACCACCUGCAUCACCUGUGAUGCCCGCAAAGAAAGACAAGAAGAAACAACCAACAUCCAAGUUUGCUACAUUACAGUCACUGCAACAGGAUAGUUCCAGUGAUGAAGAAGAAGGUGAAGCUUUUUAUGCUGGAGGUUCGGAGCGGUCCGGUCAGCAGAUUUUGGGUCCUGGAAAGGGCCGGAAAGAUAUUGUAUCGGAGAUGUUCAGGAGUGUCAGAGCACAAGGCGCAGUGGUGUUCGACAAUGAGCCGACUUCGUCAAGUAGAGGACGCGGAGUGUUCUCCGGAGUCGGGUACAGGCUUGGACAAACGGCGGACGAUCACGAGCAAAUAGCGCCACCUAACAGAGAGCAAGAGCAGGAACAAAGCCGGUCAGUGAGACUGCGGCUGUACCGCGAGGGGUUUACGGUUAACGAUGGCCCCAUCAGACUGUACAGUGAGCCAGAGAAUGCGCAGUUCCUCAAUCAUAUACGUCGCGGUGAGAUCCCAAUGGAGCUGUCCCGGGAGGGCGGCAGUGUGCGCGUCAGCCUGGAGGACCACCGGCACGAGGAGAGUCCGCACGAGCCGCACACGCGCGUCUUCUCCGGGCAGGGACAUCUGCUGGGCAGUCCGACGCCGACAACUGUGGGUGCGACAGUGCCGGUGGCAGCGUCACCCAAGGACCAGGAGGCCAACCAGCGCGCUGCGCAGGAAGCUGUUGCACUGGAUGACUCCAACCCUGUCACUACGCUGCAGUUCCGGCUAGCGGAUGGCAGCAGACUGACAGGUCGGUUCAAUCACUCGCACACUGUGGGGGACUUGCAGCAGUACAUAGCGCGUGCAGUGCCCAUGUAUCAGAACCGGCAGUUUGUGCUCCUCACCACAUUCCCCAGUCUGGAGCUCACAGACCCCGCGGUGACGCUGGCGCAGGCCAAUCUCCUCAACACCACUCUACUGCAGAGACUCAAGUAGCAACCUUCUACAACAUUCUGGACACAUCUGUGUAAUUUGAUGGACCCAGGGGGCGGAGCUUAGCCCCUUACACAGAAAUAAAGCAAUUCUAUUGGUCGAAAAAAUGUGUGAAUUUAUUUGUGAAGUACUUUGUGUGAAGAUUUUUAGCCUCAAUAUGGGGGGGGGGGGGUAAGUUUCGCUCAAAUAAAACUGGGUCUACAAUUAUUGUGAACUUACGUGUGUUCGUCGUGCGUUGAAAUUUGAUAAUUUUGUCUAAAUACAGGUGUUUUGAAAAUUGUUCCAGUGAUCAUUUUUUUUAAUUUCAAUAUUUUUUAUGGCAAAUUAU